AUGUAUCAUAUCUUGGAGCUGCAGAAUAAUUCUACGGGUACGUGCGACUCGACCUUGGGCGGCAAAGUGGGUCCUCGCGGGCCAGGCGUGGCCCACCAGUCCAGCUCUGGCCGGCCCACGCAGCAGCCAGACAAAGUGGCUCGCGCUUGCUUGCCUAUGCAGCUGUACGCUAGACAUGCCUCUUUGGCUUGCUCAGACAGCAAGAAGGUGAUCGCCUUUAGCCAUAGUGGCGCGGCAAUGGGAACGAGGUAUUGGCAGCAGCCUUUGCUUGGACAGAGGACUUCAAUCCGUCUGCGAGACAAAGGUCGCCAGGCUGCCGAGUGCUCCUUGGAGCUCGUUGCAGUCUCGUCAUCAGACGACAAGCUUUAA